AUGGCGACCCAUCAAACCAGACCGCCUCCCACGCCUUAUUCACCUCUAAACGAGGAACAAGAACACCUUCACGACACCGACGAGGCCAUUCCCUCAAAUGGGUGCAGCUGCUUUCAGCUUUUCGGGUUCGGAUUCAAUCGGAACGGCAAUUACGAAGAGGGAAAUCUUCUACAGCAGCAGCGGGGACGGGAAGAGGAGUUUUGGAUGGUGAAGAAAUUGAAGAAGUUGAAGGAGGUUUCAGAAAUGGUGGCUGGACCCAAAUGGAAGAACUUCAUAAGAAAAAUGGGAGGCUAUUUGAAGGGGAAAAAACAGAGGAACAGGUUUCAAUAUGACCCUGAAAGCUAUGCUCUGAAUUUCGAUGGCGGGGUUGAUGGAGAAGACGAUCGCCCCCCAAUUGGCUUCUCUUCGAGGUUUGCUGUGCCAUUGGCUUCAAGGGAACAACAUUAA